GGGCACCUUUAUGGCUGGAGGCCAUAGUCCUGAAAAGUCUAUUUGAGUGGUUUGAAAGGAUUAUCUGUACAGUUCUGUGGGUUUGUUCCAAGGACCAAGAUAUGAUAAUCAGGUUUCCCCUUUCUGUGGUGUGGGUGUGUCCUAUGUGCCUAUGUGAGAGAAAGACAGAAAGGGACCUCCAGGGUAUGUGCCUAUGUUGGUGUCUCUGGUACUGUGUCCCCAUAUCUGUGCAUUUGUCAGUUGCUCUGUAGAUCGUGGACGUGGACGUGUCCAUUUCGGGGAGGGCAAUGGGUAGUUACGUAUAUGCGUGCAGGUUGUGUUCAGAUGUACCUGUGUUAGAGCUCCGUGUCACUCCCACGUAAUUUGUUUCCAUGAGGUUAAACCAUAUGCUAAUACCUCCCCCAAAGCAAAGCCAGCCUGUCACGAACUGGGUCUGUGUACUGUAGACAAACUGGGUAAUUGGACUCUCCGCCUCCUCAUCCAAAACAAACACUCGCAAAUGCCCGCCCCCGCGCUGGAGGGAGUCUGGUCCUGUCAUCUUGGUACUUGGCCCUAGCCCCCCCCCCCUCAUCCCCACUUCCCUUGGCCGUGUAGACAAGCGGCGUGCGGACUGGGGAAGGACAGAGCGCCCUCUCCCCGGUUCCCCGCGCCGCCGGGCUGGGGCUCCCGGCGCCCGGGGGAUGCACUGUCUACUCGCCGCCGCGCUGCUCCGGCCUGGCAGUGACCAGGCUUGGACGCCACCGGACCGCUGAGAAUUGAGGGACGGUGAAGUGCUGACCGGCGUCGGGCUGGAGCAAGCCAGCGAGAUGGAGGCGGCAAGAGGGGACAGGCAAGAGGGCUCAGGCGCGGAGUAGUCCGCAAAUCCCAGGCUUGAACUUCCUUUAGCGCUGCGCCGGGACGGGGCGGGCAGGGUCCCCAGGGCUGCUAUGGAGGUGCCUAAUGUCAAGGACUUUCAGUGGAAACGCCUGGCACCGCUUCCUAGCCGCCGGGUCUACUGCUCCCUGCUGGAGACCGGGGGACAAGUCUAUGCCAUCGGGGGAUGUGAUGACAAUGGUGUCCCUAUGGACUGCUUUGAGGUCUACUCCCCUGAGGCCGACCAGUGGACCGCCCUGCCCCCUCUGCCCACAGCCCGGGCAGGGGUGGCAGUCAUCGCCCUGGGGAAGCGGAUCAUGGUGAUUGGGGGUGUGGGCACCAAUCAGCUGCCCCUGAAGGUCGUGGAAAUGUACAAUAUUGAUGAGGGCAAGUGGAAGAAGAGGAGCAUGCUGCGCGAGGCUGCCAUGGGCAUUUCUGUCACAGCAAAAGAUUACCGAGUGUACGCAGCAGGCGGGAUGGGCCUGGACCUCCGUCCACACAACCAUCUCCAGCACUAUGACAUGCUCAAGGACAUGUGGGUGUCACUCGCACCCAUGCCUACCCCGAGAUAUGCUGCCACCUCCUUCCUCCGAGGCUCCAAGAUCUACGUGCUGGGGGGACGACAGUCCAAGUAUGCAGUCAAUGCCUUCGAGGUCUUCGACAUCGAGACUCGCUCCUGGACCAAGUUCCCCAACAUUCCCUGUAAGCGGGCUUUCUCCAGCUUUGUGACCCUGGACAGUCACUUGUACAGUCUUGGAGGCCUGCGGCAGGGUCGGCUCUAUCGGCAGCCCAAGUUCCUGCGGACAAUGGAUGUGUUUGACAUGGAACAGGGGGGAUGGCUGAAGAUGGAACGGUCAUUCUUUCUUAAGAAACGACGGGCAGACUUCGUGGCUGGUUCUCUGAGUGGACGGGUCAUAGUGGCUGGGGGACUUGGAAACCAACCCACUGUCCUGGAGACCGCAGAAGCAUUCCACCCAGGGAAGAACAAGUGGGAGGUCCUCCCUCCCAUGCCCACGCCCCGCUGUGCCUGCUCCAGCAUCACCAUCAAGAAUUGCCUCCUGGCUGUAGGGGGUGUCAACCAGGGUCUGAGUGACGCAGUGGAAGCCCUGUGUGUCUCUGACUCCUAGCUGUCCUGGGCCCAUCAGCUUUGCCCGGGAUUGUGUCACUCCACUGUCUACACGAGGAAAGGUCUUGUCAGAGCCGUUUGGGCUACUUCCCAGGA